AUGGGCGGGCCGAGCGCGAGCGCCUGCGGCCGGCGGUGCAGGUGGACGCAGCGGUCGAGCCGGACGAGAGCCGCAGGUGACGCGGCCGUGAGACGAACGGUGUCCGCGCCAGCGACGGCGCCGGAGGAGGCCGCCUCGACCGCCCCUACGCGGCGUACCGCAGGGUUUGCUCAUGUGGAUAAGCAGCGGCGUGUCUAUGGACUAUUGCCAGACUCCACAAGUACCAGCAGAGCCACAGUAAAAGAAGAUGGUCUUUACUCGGGCUUAUGUGAGUUUAGGCAUAAGAGAUCCAGUGGUACAAAUAGUUUCAGUCAUCAAUUGGCUAUAAGUGCUGGAAGGUCUGAAUGUACGAAGAUGGGUCCGUUAAGUGUGAAGCGAUCCCUUCCAGGGAAAAUGUCACAGUUAAGUCCACCGUGGCGUGGCCACAACAAUAGAAAUCAAAACUACAUCGGUGCUGUAAAUCAAAGGCGUAAGGUUACACGAUCUGGAGGAGCAGUCAACACCUUGAGAAAAGAGGAGAUUCAUAAGCAGUCUGAUUCUUCAGAAGGAAGACACUGGCAAACUUUGUUGGAUAAUGCAUUACUCCGAAGAAGGUCACAGACAGCAAAUGAAGAAUCAUCUGAACAACCAUGGAGCUGUACAAACAGUGAAUCUGAUAAGGCUGUAUGUUUAUCUUCCAGUGGCAGCAUGGAUGAUUUCCAUGUAUGUUUUCCAAGUGACACUAGUGAUACAAGCGACAGUUCCAAGUUUUCUUCUCUGGGCAGAGUAGCGAAUGAUCAAUGGAGGAUGAGUUUCAAGAAGGUGCACUGUCCACUUGCUGCACGUAUAAAUGCUAUGUCCGUAGUUCCCUGUAAAGAGAUUGAGCAGCCAAGCCCAGUAUCUGUUCUUGAACCUCUAUCUGAAGAUUUCUCCGAUGCUGAAACCAUCAAGCAAUGUAGAGAUCAUCAUGAUCCCCAGCCAAGACCUGAGCUAGUAAAUCUUCCAUGGGUUGGAACUGUUGCUGACGUACUAGGCCUUGGUGAAAUUAAUAAUUACUUAUGCUCUGAGAUGGAGGAUAGUAAAAAUGACGAAACCACAGAGCUGGUUGAAGAUAUCCUUGAAGAAUUUGGAGAUGAAGAGGAAAGAGACUUUUCUUACCUGUUGGACCUACUUAUUUCAUCUGGUAUUCAUGGCGUCAAGGAGGACGAGCUGUACAAGGUGUGCCAGUCUCUUAACUGUCCUGCAGGUUAUGAUGUGUUUGACAAGCUCGAAAAGAAAUACAUCAAGGUUCCUCAAUGGUCAAGGUCAGACAGGAAGCUUACAUUUGAUAUGGUAAACACCAUAUUGUCGGAAAUUCUUGCCCCGUGUUUGGACAUGCACCCUUGGGUAAAUAGCACUAGGAAUAUGGCACCAGUGUGGGGCUCAGAGGGUCUCUUGGAGAAAUUAUUGCUGCGGUUGACUCAGAGACGUGAAGCACUUGCGCUUAUUUUGCCCAAGCCUGAGAAGCAAGCAUUUAAUCAGACAUGGCCGGACUUAGCAGACUACAUCGACAGGGCAGGAAGGGAGGUUGAGAAGAUGAUUAAAGAUGAUCUUUUGGAAGAGCUGGUUCUGGAUUUGAUGUCCAGCUAGGUGCAAAGCUACUUCUGGAGCUGUUAUCAAGUUGGUUCCAAAAUUGCAGUAGGUCCUUGCUUUGUGUUAAGUUUAGGUUCAGUUGUAUUGUUUCUUUGGUGCUUAAGGUCAAAGUUCUUUUUCUUAAAGCAGUGGUAGACAAUAUUUUGUCGUCGUCGUGUAGUGGAAUAGAGUAUCUGAGGAAGUGGUACAUUCUGUUAGAUUAGGUGAGGUAAUUUAGUUAAAAUUCUUUCAUAGCAUGAACAUGAAAGCAAAAUAUGUAAGAAGCGGAAUCAUUUCAGUCGUGAGGCAUUUGCAACCUGUAAAUCAGGCCAGUUGUAGUCAUGUCAACAUUCAUACUGUUAUUGGGAGAACAGAAAAUAAUGAAGGUUGUUGGUA